UCCAGGCUCCAGCCUAAUAAACCUUUUAUCUGCACAAAAGAUUUCUCUCUCUCUCUCCACCUCAUGUCUGUUUCACUCAAGCUCAACGGUCACCCUCUACCCGUUUUUCAUCAUCACCUGGGCUUCGAUGAAUUCUCGUCCGCGAACAUUCCCAGAGUUUUUUCCAGGCCCUAUUGCUCACACCAAUUCAACAACUCCUCAGUUAAUCUGAGCCGUAAUCGACGACCCAGAGUCCGCUCAAUUGACGGCGACAACAGUGGUUAUGGUAUGUCGGAUGCUCCGAACCACAAAGGUUCUGCAGAGAAGAAUGAAAGUAGUCGAGGAGGAUCGCUCACGUCCAAUGAGAUGUUGAUGAGAUUAAAGAGAUAUGGAAUUUCAGGAAUAUUGUCCUAUGGCCUAUUGAAUACUGCCUACUAUCUUACAGCGUUUCUCUUGGUUUGGUUUUAUGUUGCUCCUGCCCCUGGAAGGAUGGGAUAUCUUGCAGCAGCUGAAAGAUUCCUCAAAGUAAUGGCCAUGGUGUGGGCUGGAAGCCAAGUUACUAAGCUUGUAAGAGUUGGCGGGGCGCUUGCUCUUGCACCUUUUGUUGACAGAGGGUUGUCAUGGUUCACUGUCAAAUUAAAGUUCGAGUCUCAAGGGAAGGCUUUCAUGGCGAUUGUUGGGUUUUGUGUUGGACUGGCUAUCAUGCUAUUUGUGGUUUUGACAAUGCUUUGGGCCUAGAGCAAUUCCUGUUGUUUGUUCUCACUUGUCUAGGUGGACAGAACUGAUCAUGAAAAAGAAAAAAAGAAAAAGAAAUAAAAGGUGCAUUUGUUGGGAACGAAGAACAAAUGCACCAAAAUGGUAACUUAUGAUCUUGUCUUUGCAUGAUCAAUGAGUAACUUAUAUACUCUUGCAUUUUCA